AUGGCCAAUCGCAAUGAAAUACACGAUGAAAUAAUGGCGAGGCUUCAGUCUCGACUGCUUUCUAUCAAGGUCUCACGGCAUAAUGAGCAACCCGGGUCGCAGGCUCGAGUACAAGCGCAAGCCUCCAGCAAAUCCCCAGUGGACGGUUCCACGAGACGCGACUAUUUCACGAAGGCAAUGAGGGAGGAAGCCAACAACGACAUGAAUCUUCCGUUGUGUACCCCCUCCGCGGGCCCCGCGUAUCAGCCGAAUCCAAAUCCGACCCCGACCCCGGCCCCAAGCCCGGGCCCCAGCAGCGCCUUGUCCGCAUUCUACGCACGCUGGCGCUUAGAACGCGGCCGCUCCAUGCCCGCUGACUUUAAAACAUGUGACGGUACUCACAACGAUGCUCCCUCGUCAGCUCAUCCCCCUUCGCAAACAGACUUCUUUGGCUCCUACGUGAUCGGCCAGGAUGCCCUCAACCACUCAACCUUUUCUUCCACGGGCACCACAGCCACAGGCGGGGGUAGAGCCGCCACCAAUCUACCCCUCCCAACCAGCUUGCAGACGCCCCGGCAGGCUUCUGUCCGGACCUGGUACCAACCAUCUCUUUGCGGAAAGCACGCCAAGCGCGAGCUGAAGGUGGCACAGACGACGUUCGCGAAGUCCCAGCGGGAGAGGGCAAAGGCUAAGAAAGCACAAGCGGAAGCACUCGGAGUAUCAUUGAAACAGCUUAGCAAAGAGGACCUCCAGCAGAGACUGGCUGAUACUGCAGCACGGAAGCAGAAGACUAUGGAGAGAAGAAUGAGGGCUCAUAUCAAAGCGGAUAUGAGAAGGUUAAGGGCACUGGGAUACGGGAUGGGUUUGACUGCGGCCGAGAUGGCCGCGCGUAUGCCCCUGGGAUACGAAAUGGGUUUGACUGCGGCCGAGUUUGCCGCGCGUUUUCCCCCCCUGGGAAUGGGACAGAACGGACAUGGUUCACACUCACAGGAGGAACAGGGUCACACGAGCUCACUUGAUGGAAACGCCUCCGAUGGUGAGCAAAUGGAGGUGGAACAGGAGAAGCCGGAGUCAGUUCAGGGAAACGUCUCCGAUGAUGUGCAGAUGGAGGAGGGAUUGUACAAGUCACGUCAGAUCAACUUGUUCGGUUAUGGGUUAGUGGAGGUGAUGGUACCGGAGAAAACGGAGUCACUUCAGGGAAACGUCAACGAAUACAGCGAUGAUGACCAGAUGGAGGAGUAAGCACCGGGUGAGAGCCCGAGGGGCAUAUUGAUGGCCCAGAAUUGAUGAUGGCGCUUCCCUGGCGGGAAAGUUGGGCUAUUUGGAGGAACGAGUAACAAGGAAUUUGUCACUGCGAUCCUGAUACUGGAUAUUGGAGUUAGCGUACACUUGGAUAUUGACACAUAGCGUGCGUACAUAGACCGAUGGGGUCGCCCUCAAUCAUUUAGUUAGUUAUUCUGCUUUCUUCUCACCAAAUUGAC